GGUACCUUCCUGUGACUUCCGGUGCGGGGGCGCGCUGCAGGGUUGACGCCGGCGGCCCGCCGGGCGGCGGAGCGCGAUGCCGUAUGCCAACCAGCCCACCGUGCGGAUCACGGAGCUCACCGACGAGAAUGUCAAGUUCAUCAUCGAGAAUACGGACCUAGCGGUGGCCAAUUCUAUCCGGAGGGUCUUCAUCGCCGAGGUGCCCAUAAUAGCCAUUGACUGGGUUCAGAUUGACGCCAAUUCCUCAGUCCUUCACGACGAGUUCAUCGCUCACAGGCUUGGGUUAAUCCCCCUCACCAGCGAUGACAUUGUGGACAAGCUGCAGUACUCCCGGGACUGCACGUGCGAGGAGUUCUGCCCCGAGUGCUCGGUGGAGUUCACUCUCGACGUGCGGUGCAACGAAGACCAGACUCGUCACGUCACGUCUCGAGACCUCAUCUCCAACAGCCCCCGGGUCAUUCCCGUGACAUCCCGGAACCGAGAUAAUGACCCCAAUGACUACGUGGACCAGGACGACAUCCUCAUCGUCAAGCUGCGAAAGGGCCAGGAGCUGAGACUCCGCGCCUACGCCAAGAAGGGCUUUGGCAAGGAACAUGCCAAGUGGAACCCGACUGCAGGGGUGGCUUUUGAAUAUGACCCCGACAAUGCCCUGAGGCACACGGUGUACCCCAAGCCAGAGGAGUGGCCAAAGAGCGAGUACUCAGAGCUGGAUGAAGAUGAGUCCCAGGCUCCGUAUGACCCCAACGGCAAGCCGGAGAGGUUUUACUACAACGUGGAGUCCUGUGGCUCUCUGCGCCCUGAAACCAUCGUCCUCUCAGCCCUCUCUGGGUUGAAGAAGAAGCUGAGUGAUUUGCAGACCCAGCUGAGCCACGAGAUCCAGAGUGACGUCCUCACCAUAAAUUAGCCGCAGCUCAUCCGCCUGCGCGGAAAAGGAUCCGAGCCGCUGUGUGCGGGUCUCCUGAGGCCCCCCCGCCCCCGAAAUCCCCACGGCUGUACUCAACUUCUUGGCAAGCCGUCAGCACCAACUGGAGGUAGCAGAGGGGAAGGUGCCCUCCCGCCCCCGAAGUCCCCACAGCUGUACCUAACUUCUUGGCAAGCCGUCAGCACCAACUGGAGGUAGCAGAGGGGAAGGUGCCCUCCCGCCCCCGAACUCCCCACAGCUGUACCUAACUUCUUGGCAAGCCGUCAGCACCAACUGGAGGUAGCAGAGUGGAAGGUGCCCCUCCCCGCCUUGCUUGGUCCCAGGUAGAUUACGGGGGUGCCCCUGGUAUUUGAGGCAGGACAGUCCUUCACUGAGCAUGCAGCAUCCUGGCCCUGCCUGCUGAUGGCUAGUCUCCCCAGGACCCAGACCUCCCUCCCCCUGGUCUGCUUGUAGAGGUUGUACUGCUUCCCUGUUGAAAACCACUGCGUUAGACCCUCCUCUUUUGGUCAUUUCAGCUCUUGACUUACAUUUCACAGUUGUACCUUAGGUUUCCGCUGUUAGGAUUGAGUGUUCAAAGUCUCAUUCAGGCCGCCUACAAACCCAGCCCCUCCCUGCCCAUGGUCAGCCUACACUUCGCUCAAAUUCCCAAGUGUCUUGAGACCCUGGCUGCUCCUCCCCACCCCACCCCACCCCACAAUAAACCCUGUAUUUCAUUCUCUACCCAUCA